CUCCUCGACCAACAGCCUCGCGUCUCAACCAUCCCAACUAGCCGGUCUGGCAGGCCCACGAAUGUUGUACAGACCCUCUUGACAACCGCCUGGAUGGUGUACCCCUUAAUUGGCACGCCAGGCCAACAUACGGACGCCGACACUUGCAUCCACUCACACACAGACACAUGCACACAAGUGCCUACAUGCAAACACCCUUUGGCAUGCCAUCACAUUGCCUUUCUCUCACCUACUCAUUCAGACUCUUUAAUUAUAUGCCUCGGUGGCCGACCAUGCACUCGCCAUUCGUACUCGUCGGCCGGGCUGCCGAUUUCACCUGCGUCUCUUGAGCAGACAAGCCAAUGCUGUACAUCUGCUGUCAUGAGCUUGAGCCGACUGGCACCUGUUCUGACUAGGUCUUUGAAAGCAGACCUCAAAUGGCACGAUAUGUCUACCGUGGAGAGGCCUCUCGACCGCUAUGAAACGGACCGUCGCCGUCGGCAACCAGCAAACCAGCAAACCCGCACAUCAGAACACCAGAACACACACACACACACACACACACAUACAUACACAAACACAUACAGACGCGCAUACAAUCGUGUGAAGACUGGAGGGCCAGCUCUCGAUCGGACAGUGGUCGACUCGAAGGCGUUGUCUGACGGCCAGUCCCGACCUGCCUGUCAAGUCGUGGGAGAGCACACCUUCAUGCUGAAUGAGCUCUCCAGCGCGACUGUUAACGAGAUGCACGUCCGAGAUAGGGCCGAUGUGUAUCCCACUCGGAUACACUCGGCUCGUGCCAGUCGUGAUAAAUUAAUAUACAAAAGAGCAAUUAAAAGCUGUUUCACUCUCACUCUCACUCUCACUUUCACUCUCAGUCUCAGUCUCAGUCUCAGUCUCAGUCUCGUGAACCCGGACAGGUAG